UCCUCUCUGUGGAAAUUAGUAAGACUUGCGGGUCACAGUUUCGACACAUUCGCGCAUUUCGUAAGAAGUUUGAAAAUGUCCGGCAGAGGCAAAGGAGGCAAAGGUCUUGGAAAAGGAGGCGCAAAGCGUCACCGCAAAGUUCUUCGUGAUAACAUCCAGGGGAUCACCAAGCCUGCAAUCAGGCGUCUGGCUCGCCGUGGUGGUGUGAAGCGUAUCUCUGGUCUCAUCUACGAAGAGACCCGUGGUGUACUAAAGGUGUUCCUGGAGAACGUGAUUCGUGAUGCCGUCACCUACACCGAGCACGCCAAGAGAAAGACUGUGACCGCCAUGGACGUCGUCUAUGCUCUGAAACGCCAGGGUCGUACUCUGUACGGUUUUGGUGGAUAAAGGAUCAGAUAUCUCCCGACUAAACCAAAAGGCUCUUCUAAGAGCCACCCAAUUUCUUUUAAAAGGCAGUAUUACAAUUUGUAUAGGCUACUGUGAAUUGUAGAAGCCCCACUUGUUCUCGGUCUCGAUGGCAAUUUUGGGGAUACUAGGGCGUUGCGAUCCAAUGGAAGGCUUAACAUACACGUAGUCCAUGUAAACUACGUAUUCAUAAUACAUUUGGUCUCACAGCAGGAGCGUCAGAAUGUAUUCAUGUAAAUCCAAGGGGUGUUUUUCCUAUGAUACUUAUAUAUCCUAUCUUUUUGCACAGUCCUGCAAAAACGUGUUUACUUCAUAGGCCUACUGUGAAAAGCCCUCUUUCAUGGCCUAUAAGAAUGAGCUUAAACAGUACUUUAAUCAACUUCAAUUCUGUCCUAACUCUAAAGCAAUAAGAACUAUUACAGUAGUAGCCUGCACAUUUUGUUUUGGAUAAGCUUUGUGAUCUCUUAUUAUAACCUUUCCUAGCGUCUGAAUAGCAUACAUGUUUUUUUGUCUUUAUCUUUGUAAUGUUGAAUCGUUCAUGGUACCAUCGUGAUUUUUAACUUGUACUAUGUAUGUUGAUGUACCAAU